GUCAUAAACACCUGCGACCAUCUUCAUUCGUCUUCCUGAAUUUCAUAACCAUCUUCGUUCUUUGGUCAUCCGUGUGUGUGGGAAAUAUAGUAUGGAGGCAAGAGGACAGAGCUCGAUAGCAGCAGCUCGGUACACUCUACCAGCAACCCGAUUGUCAUCCGAAGACAUACUUUUCUGUAUCGAUGUUGAUCCUGAAUCCCUCGUUGAAAUGAAGAAUACCAGCGCCAGUGGAAGACCUUUUACCAGAUUGGAAUCAAUUAAGCAGGCUAUUCUUCUGUUUAUCAACGCUAAGCUUGCUAUUAAUCCAGAUCAUCGAUUCGCCUAUUCCGCACUCGGCAAAACCCCCUUUUGGCUUAAGAAGGAGUUUAGCAGUGAAGUUGAGUCUGCAAUUGCUGCAUUCCGAGCCAUCUCAGUUGACUCUUCCGCUGGACAUGCGGAUCUCACGCAUCUCUUUAAAGUCGCAAAUCAUGAAGCUAAAAAAUCCCGUUCACAGAAUCGGUUACUCAGGGUGAUUCUAAUAUAUUGUAGAUCAUCAGUAGUGCCACAACACCAAUGGCCCACAAACCAAAAGCUGUUCACGUUUGAUGUGGUUUACCUACACAAUAAACCGGGGCCCGAUAAUUGUCCGCAGAAGGUGUACGAUGGUCUGGUGGACGCCCUUGAGCAGGUGAGUGAAUACGAGGGGUAUAUCUUUGAGAGUGGUCAGGGGCUGACACGUGUCCUCUUUCGCCACAUGUGUGUCCUGCUGUCACAUCCACAACAACGAUGCGUCCAGGAUGACAUUGAUAUUCCUAAAUCUCUUACCAAGAAGUCACCUGCACCGGAUUCUGCCACCCCUAACCCUGCUGCUGCUGUUGCUGAUCAAGAAUGUGUUCCUGUCUCCAGUCAGUGACUUGUUAAUUUCUUGGUUUUGUAUAUGAAUAAGUUAACAAUGGACUAAAAUCGUGCAAUUGAAACUAUUUUGGGCUAAAAAUAUUGAAACUUUAUGGACUGAAUUCUCUAAGAAGAAAGAGAUAUGAUUUUUUUAUUGUAGGUAGGUAUUUUUGGGCUAUAUAAGAUGCUUUCUUUUUUAGGGUUUUUGGUUUUACUCUUUGUUUAUGAACUCAUGAAUAAGAUAACUUCAUCAUGUUCAUGAAUGUUGGUCAUAUCAACUGAAUCACGUAAGUUGUGCUCUUAUUCAUGUUAUGUAUCUCUAAUUUUUAGCGUUUCACC